AGACAGAGGGAGGGGGAGAGGAGAGAACAGAGAAGCUACCAGGGCAGCGGGAAUAUCUAUGUCUUCAGAUACCGGUGUUUGCUUUGUGUCAGUGGUCACAAGAAUCAGGAGUCAUAAAACUUAGGCAUGAGGUGUGGGCGGGAUUGAUAUGUGGGUCUACUUGUCUUAUAACAGACUGGUUGAACUCUGUUUCUGCCGUCAUCUUCCAAAAUGUUCAAGUCAAAGCAGGCAGACUCAGAAGGAUACAGUACAUUCACAAUGCUGCUUGUACCUGUUUUAUUUUGGUUUGCAUCUCUCACGAAGGUUGUCUCAGGGGCAGAUUGGUGCUACCAGUCCCAAGUUACAUGCAAUCACACCUGCACAGGUCCAGAAGAAUGGGGAGUGGUUUCACAGUACUGCAGUGGCAGAUCUCAGUCUCCAGUGAACAUUGUUACAAGGAGAAUACUACCAGAUGAACGGCUCACUCCUUUUCACUUCACUGGAUAUCAAGAGGCUUUUCAUGGUCGCCUCAUAAACAACGGUCACACUGUUCAACUGGAUUUACCCUCUAGUAUAAGGAUUGAAGGAGGAAAUCUAGUUGCACCUUACAAGGCAGUUCAACUUCACCUGCAUUGGGGCAAAGAUGGAGGGCCAGGAUCUGAACACAGCAUUGAUGGAGAACAAUUUCCAAUGGAGAUGCAUAUUGUCCACAUAAAAGAAGAACACAACAAUUUAUCCCAGGCUGAAAAAGACCGCACAGGCGUGGCAGUUCUUGGAUUUUUAUUUGAGGAGUCCAAGUCUGCAAAUAAGAAAUUUGAUCCCCUUAUUAAUGCUCUGAAAAACAUCACACAACCCACCAACAGGACGACACUGACAGGUGUGUCCCUGGAAAUGUUAAUACCUCCUCAAAAAAAUAUGACCAAGUACUUCCGUUAUGAUGGCUCCCUCACUACACCUGGCUGUCAUGAAGCUACCGUCUGGAGCCUGUUUGAAAACACAGUUCCUCUGAGCAGAAACCAGCUCGCUGCGUUCUCCCAGCUUCAGUUUUCCAAUGGAAAGCAGAUGGUGGAAACCUACAGACCAGUGCAGCCCUUGAAUGCACGGCAAGUGUAUUACUCCGGAGGCCAUGUUGCUCUGGUUAGCACUGUGUUACUCAUCAUGUCACUGCUGAUAUCCAGUGCCCUGUCCCUGUCUCCCUCUGUUUAAUUCCAACAUUUAUGAAUAAAUACUGCUGUCUAUGUCCACUGAUGAUGUCAAAUAUGUAAUGUACUGUAUAUUUUAAAUUGUGUGAAUCUACAGUAUGCACUGUGUGCGGUUGUAAGGACAACCUAAUACUUCAAAGCAUGUGUCCUAAGUAAUUUCUUUGUUUUGUGUAUCAAAUGUGAGUUAGCAUCUUGACACCUCAUACUUUGUCUAUUUUAUUUCUGCAACAAACUGCACUGAAGUUGAGUGAAAAUACUGAUCAGUCAAUCAUUUUCCCUUUUGUUUGCACGUUGCAAUGUUUUAAUGACUAAUAGUACAUCAUGUUACUGCUGCCUGUUGUGAGAGGUUUUGUA